UAGUGAGUCGUUAAAAGCCCUGCACCAUCCUCGUAGAGCAAACAGUGUCUAUAAACAAAUUACAUUAUCUUUCAGAAGCAGCGUGAAAGCCAGAAACAGAAUUACUAUUGUCUGUAACAGCAGAAUGUGUUUCCCUUAGCUAUGAGCAGAGCGUGUGCCCAUGGCUGCGUACAGCGAGCGUAGAGAGCGUACAGGAAAUGAUGACGGCCUUCUGUCUCAGCGGCCAGCUGUUUUAAUAACGUGUUUUAUUAGCACGUGAUUUUACUUGAGUUUCUUCUUUACUGUCUCUUUAAACCUCUCAUCUCUACUUGCAGGAGAACGAUGAACAGCAGGGUUGAGGUUUCUUAUUCCUCUUUGUGAAAAAUGAAACGUCUGUUUUUACUUCCUCUCUGGAAACGGAAGAAAAGUCCUACGUUUUCACAACCUGCGACCACGGCUGUGAAAUAACACUUAAAAUAAAAAGACAAUGUGGAACCAAUGGGCUCGCAGCUGAGAGCCUCAGACCGGAAGUCUGACGGGACUAACAGACCCAGUGAUGUUGUGACAGUGAGCCGGCGUCAGACCUGGAGCUGCAUGUUGACACCGACAGUCUCAGGGUCCAGGAAGCAGCAGCGGAGACGGCAGGACAGCAGGUCUCAGGUCAGAUCUUCCAGCAGACAGGUGGUUACAGAGAGGCUUCAGCUGUGUUCAGGGGAAUCAGCUGCAGGAAACUCUGCAGAGACCAGCACACUGAGAAACCUGAAGAGGGUCUUCCAGGUGUUUCCAGAGAAGAGAACUUUCCUGGAGUUACUAGUUGGAGGAGCAGCAGUUCUGUUUGGGAUACUUCGGAAACGUCGCAGGGGAAAACGAGCAGGCGCGCUGGUUAAGCUGAGACAGCGGGGAUUUCACACUGCACUCCCUUCAAUCCACCUGGCGAAUGUCCGCUCUCUGGACAACAAAAUGGACGAACUGCUGCUCCUCAACAGAACUAACUUGGACUUCUGCAGAUCUGCCGCCCUCUGUUUCACAUCCUGGACAGCGCACUUCACCUACCGGGAUCGCGAAAGGGAGCACACGGGAAAAACACGGGGAGGUGGACUCUGUUUCUAUAUAAACGAAGGUUGGUGCACAGAUGUCACAGUGUUGAAGAAAUCAUGCAGGCCUCACCUAGAGACAUUAUUUAUAAACUGUAUGGUGUCUCACCAUCAUGCCUGA